AUGUCAGUCCUCUACUCAACAGCCCUCGAAUCAUUCCUCUCCUCCACCCAAACACUCUCCUCCACCUCCCCCGAAUCCAUCCCCGACCUCGCAACAGGCAGCACCUACAAGUCCGAGAUAGAAGAGGCGAAAGAGAAGAUUGAUGGGAUAGUUACUGCUGAGAGCGAGCAAGAAAAGACGGAGCCAACUUCGGAGGAUGCUUCCCCUUCUGAUGACCCUCCGCCCUCUGAACCUCCCCCGUCGUCUGAGGAGGCUUUUGAGAAGGAAGGUUCUGAUGACCCUCCGCCCAGUGGCACUGAAAGCGCCCCUGAAGCUACCCCCGAGCCGGAAAGUACCCCUCCAACCACCCAAAACCCAACUGAGGUUUCAGAAGCCCCCGCGACUGGCGAUGAUUCUCAAUCAGAAACGUCGUCAAUCUCAACAGAUGAUACAGUUCCCGGCGCGUCCACCGACGAUACAGCUUCAUCAUCUACGGAGGCUACAGUGUCGGAUACCCCUGCUGGAAAUGACUCGCCUCCAGAGGAUAGCUCAACAGCAGAUGCGUCAGCAGCAGUGGAAAAUUCGACGAAAGAAGAAGGGAAGAAGGAGGAAUAG